GGGGUGUAGCCACAGGCCGGGAAGGGCACCUGUGGGGGUGGUCUUCUAGGCCUUUCGUUAUUGCCAUCAGGGCUUUUCUGGUCUGCUGGUUGGAAUGUUCUUGCAAAACGUCUUGGUCAAUGCCUCAGGGAAGUGCGAUAAAGAGUAAGUACAAUGGGUUCUAGUUAGAGCGUGUGUGGAGCUCCGUUUCCGGUUCUCCCUGUUGUGUCUACACCUGAGCAAGAGGGCUCCCUGGUGGACGAAAUAGUGAGUCAGCAUGGGGUCAUCUUUAAGAUUAAGUCGUGCACUCAUUCAGUCUUUCACCCAUUUAUUUAUUUGACAAGCCUUCAUAAGAACCUCCAUGCUGUAAUCUCACGGUUUGUGAGACCCUCCGUGCUAGCUCCGGGGAGACAGAAAUGAGAAGGAAAACAUUUCUGUUCGCAAGGAAACCAGCCACCUAGCUGUUUCUCACUCACUGGAAGACAUAUGAAUCACUUGGAAUCUGAAAAUGCAGAUCCCUGGACACCCCCACAGAGUCUCAUUCACUUUGGCUGGGGUGGAUUCUAAGAGUUAUCACUGUGGGGUUUGGGGCGGGUUUUUUUUAAUGGUAAUCAUGAUGCCUAUACUAAUCAGGCACUUAGUAGCCAGAGGGCCCUGUAAACCUUUUCCGCAUCCACCAGUUGGUCAAGGGCACAAAAUGGUCGGCAAAUUUCCUUCACGGUCUGGCAACAAGAGUCAGAUUCUGCUGCCAUCACUCUGUUUGAGCCCAGGCACGUGACUUGACCUCUCUGAGACGCAAUUUCAUUUGAAAUAAAGUGGAGAUGAUAUUUCUUAUCUCUUGGGAUAAUUUUGAGAAUGAAAUGAGAUCAUAUAUGUCUGACACCUAAUUUGGCACAUAAUCGGCUCUCAAUAGUUGCGAUAGUGAUCAUUGUUACUGUUGGUGGUGUUAACACUACCAUUGUGAUCAACCAGAGUUAAGUUCUAUUAAUCAAUAUUAGUUACAUACAAAUGUGCUAUGUUGAUAUAAAAGUAUGUAUUUACUACAUUAAUCGUAUUAAUUAUACUAUACAUUAAUUAUAUUCAUACAUAUACUCAACAGAGAUUAUGAUCUUGAUGAAUCCAAGAGAGAGAUUUAUGGAAUUUUCUAUGACAAUACUGAAGGCAUCUUCUGAAAAAUGCUUCCAUUUCCUACCGGCUGCGACUUACCAUCUGUCUUCAUUUUGUUGCUUUUAAACUUAAGUGGUUUCAGGGCAGCUGGGUGGAUCAGUCAGUUAAGUGUCAGAGUCUUGAUUUCAGCUCAGGCGAUGAUCUCGUUGUCGUGGGAUCCGGCCCCAUGUCAGGCUCUGUGCUGAGUGUGGAGCCUGCUUAAGAUUCUCUUUCUCUCCCUCUGCCCCUCUCCUCUGCUCAUGUGCUCUCUCUCUCUCUCUAAAAUAAAAAAAAAAUUUUUUUUUUAGUUAAAAAAAUAAACUUAGGUGGUUUCAAAGCCAAAUGAGGAAUAUAAUCAUCUUUCUCCCCCAUCGUUUCCAGAAUUUCCAUCCAGCCUGGAUGGCUCAGUUGACUGAGCAUCCAACUCUUGAUUUCAGCUCAGGUCAUGAUCUUAGGGUCGUGAGAUUGAGCCCCGUGUUGGGCUCCAGCUGAGCGGGGAGCCUGCUUGAGAUGCUCUCUCUUCCUCCCUCUCUGCCCCUCCCCUGCUCACGCACAGAUGUGUGCGUGCACGUGCUCUCACUCUCUCUCAAAAAAUAAAAAUAAAAUUAAAAAAUUACAAAGCAUGGAAAGUCCUAGGAAAUGAGAAAGUGAUCACCCAAACAGUCACCAUCUAAAUAUAACCGUAAUUAAAAUUUGGUGCUUAUGUAACUGAACUCACAUGACUUCACUCCUUGGUGAGUCAUAGGUAGAGACUGGUCUAUGUGGUCGCACAAAAUAAACUUUAUGGGCAGCAAAUAAGGAGAUCACGGGGAAUAACUUCCAAAGCCAGGAAUGCCCAAUGGGAUGGGCUCCUUUCACGUAGGGUUAGGAUGAAUAUUUAGAGAGAGGAGCCUCGUCAUCCAAUAUGGAGGUAGGCAUAAGGUCGUACUUGCACCUUAAGGAAACAUGCUUAUACACAGGUUGUAUGUUAUGUAAAUGAGUCUUCUGCUCCUCCUUGGGUGGAGAUUUUAGUAUUAUAAUGAGGUAGAGGUUAACAGCUGGUCACAGCAUGGUCCUCUGUGCAGGUGUGAGUCAGGGGUUGAGUUCAAACUGGUCUGGGUGGUCUGGGCCACCACAGCUCUCCCUCCGGCAGUCAUUAUUGCUUGAGGGGUCGCUUCUGUUUCCAUCAUGGGAUGCUGUGCCCAUCAUGGGUUUUUCCUGAGUUAAGAUAUAAGCUUAGAAGUAAGUUCUUAAACAAGAACUUUAGGAAAGUGUGGACAAAUAUAGACAGGUACAUGCAGGUGGGCAGUAAAGGUCAGGUCUUGGGGUCAAUCAUGAGGGGUUUCUCUUUUUCUUUCUUUUUUUUCCCUCUUUAUAAUUUGUUUUAUCACUGGGCUUCAAAAUAUAUGCACAAUUUACAUCGCUUUUCUCUCAAUAUUAUAUAAUAGAAAUUUCACAUAACACUUAUAAACAUACUUGGUGGCUGAACAAUUCCAUUUUUUCUCACCCAUAAUUUAUUUUAUCGAUCUCUUAUGUGGUAAAUUUCACUAUAUUAAGAUAUAUAAUCAGGAACGAUUUUAUAAUAUAUUUUUUUAUUAUUACACAUAUAUUGUUUUUCCUUUGGCUAGACUGAUGGAGAUAGAAUUACAGAGUGAAAGAUGCGAAUUUUUUUUUUGUUCCCCCGAGGGGGUGCACCGUUCCUGGACUUACAGCAAUACCAGGUUGAUGCAUGGAGGGAACGGAGCAAGCUCCUAUUCCCUCUUCUAGUUCCAAAAAUCUAUUUAAUAUAUUGUCCUCAGAUAAAAGAUGCAUCAGAUAUUACACUGAAAAGAACAGAUCUUAGCCAAAAGGCCAAGAAGCAAUAAGACAUGAAUAUUUUUAAAUUUUUUUUUUAACGUUUAUUUAUUUCCGAGACAGAGAGAGACAGAGCAUGAACAGGGGAGGGGCAGAGAGAGAGGGAGACACAGAAUCCGAAACAGGCUCCAGGCUCUGAGCUGUCAGCACAGAGCCUGACGCGGGGCUCGAACUCACGGACCGUGAGAUUGUGACCUGAGCCGAAGUCGGAUGCCUAACCGACCGAGCCACUCAGGCGCCCCGAUGAAUAUUUUUAAAUUUGCAAGACAUGCUAAUAAAUUUCUCUCCAUAAAGCUUAUGCCAGCACUCACUCCCCUGAUCAGAAGAAAAGGAAUUACGUUAUCUGAUAACUAGAGAUAUUAAGUGUGCUUUAUUAAUAUAUUGGCUAUUAUAUUUCUCUUUCUGCAAAUUCUACAUUCCCUCCUUUUGUUCAGCUGCCUAUUGGAGACUUACUUGAAGUUGACUUCCUUCCUUUCUUUUUUUCCUUCUUUCCUUCCUUCUUUCUUAGUAAAAAUUUAUACUUUCUGAUUUUUCAUGGAAUGAGUCUUGAAUAUUAAGUUUACUGCCUGGUAAAGUGUAACCUAGAAGCAUGUUCCCAUGCUCUCCCACAAUAGUAUUAUAGAAGGAUUCUAGCAAACUUCACUUUCAGAAUUCUGUUUGAUGACACAUAUGUUAAUAUUUGCUUUCCCAGGAAGACCCCCCCAAUGUGGCAGCUUUUAGCAGCAGCCUACUGGAUGCUUCUUCUUGGACCCAUACAUGGUUAUCACAAGAAAGGAGGCAUCACAAAUCCUGAGGCUACUAUGAAUAUUAGCCAGAUUAUUUCCUACUGGGGUUAUCCUUAUGAAGAGUAUGACGUUGUGACCAAGGAUGGUUAUGUCCUCGGAAUUUACAGGAUUCCCCAUGGAAGAGGAUGUCCGAGAAAAACUCCAAAGCCUGUCGUGUAUUUGCAACACGGGUUAAUUGCGUCUGCCAGUAACUGGAUUUGCAACCUUCCAAACAACAGCUUGGCUUUCCUUCUGGCAGAUAUCGGUUAUGACGUGUGGCUGGGGAACAGCCGGGGAAACACCUGGUCCAGAAAACACUUGAAAUUUUCACCCAAAUCACGAGAAUUCUGGGCCUUCAGUUUGGAUGAGAUGGCUAACUACGACCUUCCAGCCACAAUCAAUUUUAUUGCAGAGAAAACGGGACAAGAGCGACUCUACUACGUGGGCCACUCCCAAGGCACCACCAUCGCUUUCAUAGCAUUCUCUACAAAUCCAGAGCUGGCUAAAAGGAUUAAGAUAUUUUUCGCAUUGGCUCCAGUCAUCACGGUGAAAUACACCCAAAGUCCUAUGAAAAAAUUAACAACUCUUUCCAGAAAAGUAGUCAAGGCGUUAUUUGGUGACAAGAUGUUCUACCCUCAUACCUUUUUUGACCAAUUCAUUGCCACCAAGGUAUGCAACCGGAAGCUAUUCCGUCAUCUCUGCAGCAACUUCCUGUUUGCUUUGAGUGGAUUUGACCCAAAAAACUUAAACAUGAGUCGCUUGGAUGUUUAUUUGGCACAGAGCUCUGCGGGAACAUCUGUGCAGACCAUGCUGCACUGGGCCCAGGCUGCUAAUUCUGGUCUGUUCCAAGCUUUUGACUGGGGAAACCCUGAUGAGAACAUGAUGCACUUUCACCAGCUCACACCUCCCUUGUACAACGUGACCAAGAUGCAAGUGCCCACAGCUGUGUGGAGCGGAGGACACGACCGUGUGGCUGACCUCAAGGACGUUGAGAAUUUACUGCCCCAAAUUCCCAGGCUUAUUUACUAUAAGUUGAUUCCACACUACAAUCAUGUGGAUUUUUACCUCGGACAGGACGCACCGCAGGAAAUUUACCAAGACCUUAUUAGACUGAUGGACGGAUGUUUGCAAAAUUAAAUAACUUCCCUUUCUCUAAGCAAGUGGAUUCUUAAAAUAAUACUGUGGCGCCCAGACCCUAAGGUGACCGCUCCAAUGAUUUUCGCCUCCUAGUGCCGGUGUGUUGGUGUAACCCUCUCCCCUUGAGUGUGGGACGCCCUUGAGACUUGGUUCUGGCCAACAGAAUUGGCAAAGGUAAUGGCGUCACACCCUUGUUUGGAUCACGUUUAUGGCAAAGGACGUCAACUCCUGAUUGCAUCAUAUUAUAGGAGAAUCCAUCAAGUAGACUGCAGAAGAGAUCUCCCUUGUUGGUUUGAUGAAGAGGACAGAUAUGUGGAGGAAGCCUACACGACCUCUAGGAUCUGUGCCUAUAGCAGAUAACCAGCAAACAACCAGAUUCUCAAUCAUACAGCUGUGAGAUCAAUUACAUCUACAUCCUGGAUGAACUCAAAAGCCCGCGAAUCCCCCAGUAAAUCUUCCAGUUGAGAGAGAAGGCUGGCCACCCCUCAUUUGCAGCCCCGGGAGACACCCUGAGCUGCAGGGGACUAGCUGUGCCAUACCCAGACCCACAGCCAGAGUGACAAAAUAAAUGCAUAUUCUUUGAAACCA